ACUUAAACUUUGAACUAAAGAACAAUGUCAGGAGUGGACCUAGACAUGCGAGCGCCUUGCGACGUCCAGUUAAUUUUAUGUCUUCAGGACCAAAGGGUCAUGUCAUUGGAAUCGACCUGGGCACAACCAAUUCUUGCGUGGCUACUAUGGAAGGGAAGACUCCUAAAGUUCUUGAAAAUGCUGAGGGGGCUCGGACGACACCUUCUGUUGUGGCAUUUACUUCAGAUGGUGAGCGCCUAGUAGGCGCUCCAGCUAAGCGCCAAGCCGUCACCAAUUCUGCGAAUACUUUGUCCGCAACUAAGCGUCUUAUAGGACGUAAAUUUGCCGAUUCUGAGGUUCAAAAGGAUAUUAAGAACAGUGCUUUCAAGGUUAUAAAGGCGGCUAAUGGUGAUGCUUGGCUUGAGGCUCAGGGGAAGUCCUACUCUCCCAGCCAGAUUGGGGCUUUUGUACUUAUGAAAAUGAAAGAGACCGCAGAGAAUUAUCUUGGUUCUAAGGUGAAAAAUGCGGUUAUAACUGUUCCUGCCUACUUUAACGAUUCACAGCGUCAGGCAACUAAAGAUGCGGGUCAAAUAGCUGGACUCGAGGUCCUCCGCGUAAUCAAUGAGCCGACGGCUGCUGCCCUAGCUUAUGGCCUUGAUCGUGUCGAGGACAAAACGAUUGCUGUCUACGAUCUUGGUGGUGGCACAUUUGAUAUAUCAAUCUUGGAAAUCCAGAAGGGUGUUUUUGAGGUAAAAUCAACGAAUGGUGAUACUUUCCUUGGCGGCGAGGAUUUUGACAAUGCUCUCCUCAAAUAUCUACUUGAUGAAUUCAAAAAAGAUGUAAGGCAAGGCUUGGAUGUCACCAAAGAUCCUAUGGCCCUACAACGUGUCAAAGAAGCUGCAGAAAAAGCAAAAAUCGAGUUGUCAUCUUCACUUCAGACGGACAUUAACCUUCCUUAUUUAACCAUGGACCACUCUGGUCCUAAGCACAUGCAUUUAAAGCUUACAAGAUCAAAGUUUGAAUCGUUGGUUGAAUCUUUAGUUAAAAGAACUAUUCAACCCUGCGAAAAAGCUCUUAAAGAUGCAGAUGUUAGACCAUCUGAUAUAGGAGAUGUUAUCCUUGUAGGUGGAAUGACAAGAAUGCCUAAAGUCCAGGAAUUAGUACAGAAAAUCUUUUCAAAAGUUCCAAGUAAAAGCGUGAAUCCCGACGAAGCUGUAGCUAUGGGAGCUGCUAUUCAAAUUGAUUUAUGCCAGGGUGGUGUUCUAGCUGGCGACGUAACUGAUGUUCUUCUUCUUGACGUUACUCCUCUAUCCUUGGGCAUUGAAACCUUGGGCGGGGUGAUGACUAAGUUGAUUAAUAGAAACACCACUAUACCCACGAAGAAAUCUCAGGUCUUCUCAACCGCAGCUGAUGGUCAGACUCAGGUCGAGAUCAAAGUUCAUCAAGGAGAACGUGAGAUGGCGACGGAUAACAAGUUACUAGGCCGUUUUUCCUUGAUUGGCAUACCCCCUGCCCCUAGAGGCAUUCCUCAGAUAGAAGUAACUUUCGACAUAGAUGCUAACGGAAUAGUCAAUGUUUCAGCCAAAGACAAGGGCACUGGUAAAGAACAGCAAAUCGUCAUCCAAUCAAGUGGUGGCCUAUCAAAAGACGAUAUUGAACGCAUGGUCCGUAAUGCUGAACAGUAUGCAGAAGCGGAUAAAAUAAGACGAGAUAUGGUUGAGACCAUUAAUCAGGCAGAAGGAGUUGUACAUGACACAGAGGCUAAGAUCGAAGAAUACAAGGACAGUCUCCCGGAAGAUGAGAGAACUAAGCUAAAGGAGAAAAUUGAUCUGCUUCGCUCAAAAUUGGCCAACAAAGAUAAUGAAAAUCUGGAUAGUAUCAAAUCUACUACAAAUGACUUGCAACAAGCUUCUUUAAAGCUUUUUGAGAUCGCUUACAAAAAGGUUUGUCUCGUCGAAGAAUUGCUUUUCAAAAAAAAAAUGUCUGAACGACGAACUGGCACCGCCGAGUCCUCUAGUGAUGAGCAAAAGAAGGAACAAGGCAACUAG